CUUGUGCAUCGACUGCAAUGACAGGAUCAGUUGAGAAAAUGGCUGUGCGCGGUUAGGACGCGCCGCUGUCGCGUACUCUCCACUCGUGCUGCAGUUACUGAAGAGAACCGGAGAGGUGAAGAGUGUUGUUGUUUCUCGUUUGCUGCAAUAGCUCCAAAGUUUUCGGGCUCAAAAAUAAAUAAAACAUACGAAGAUUUAUCAACAGUGCGCGCCCUCCCCAAGGGAGAAUAAUACACACGAUGACGAGAGCAUCGUUUCUGUGCUUUUUGGUUUUUGUGCUCUGCCAAAUAACGGAAUUUAGUGUAGCCUUAAAAGAAGAAGGUAUUUUGAAAAACAGUCAUUUUUCUGGAGCACAUCCUGCUACCGAGUUCACAAAACACGCUUUAGUCAAGCCCAGGAUUUACCAUGGGAGAGAGAAGCGACAAAUUUCGUCCACGAGAGAAGAGGAUGGAGGUCACACGCAUCACAUCACCGUCGACUAUGAUUUGGAUGGUCGUAAGUUCGUGCUCGAUCUGCGGCUCAAUCGCGAUCUCAUCCCCAAGGGCUACUUCCAGAGGUACCAGCAGAACGGCAAGCACGUGAUCGACAAGCCAACGGACGAUGUUGAUUUGUGCCAUUACAAGGGAACGGCACGGGGAUUGCCGGGCUCCUGGGCGGCGAUCUCCACCUGCGAGGAUCGAGUUCGAGGCGUGGUCUUCGAUGGACAUGAUAUGCACUAUAUCGAAAAUGACGACAGGUUCGAAGACCACUUGCUGUACAAGCACUCGGAUUUCGUCGGGGGAGCUAAUAAAACGUGCGGGUUCCACGGACCCAACGACGACGAGCAUCAUCACGCGGUCGAUAAUACUUUGUUCCGACGAAAGAGAUCCAGCGAGAAGCUGGUGCGUGGACCGUACAACGCCAACAAGCAGUCCCGAUACGUGGAACUGGUCCUCGUCGUUGAUAACAGGGAGUACAAGGAAUUGGGCGAGAGCAUGAAGAAGGUACAGCAGCACAGCAAGGACAUCGCCAAUAUCAUCAAUGGGCUGUACGCGCCUCUGAACAUUUACGUUGCCCUCGUCGGUCUGGUUAUCUGGAGUGAAUUCGACGAGAUUGUUUUCUCGCCGAACGGCGAUAUCACGUUGACAAACUUCCUGCAUUACAGACGCGCUCAAUUGAUUAAGCAACAUCCGAACGAUAACGCCCAACUCUUAACGAAAUACACUUUUGAUAAUGGCGUUGUUGGCAAGGCUCUCAAAGGUCCCAUAUGCACUUACGAGUACUCAGGUGGCGUUAACACCGAUCAUUCGCCCAUUUUAGGACUUGUGGCCACAACUGUUGCUCACGAGAUGGGACAUAACUUCGGCAUGGAACAUGACACAAACGCAUGCUCGUGUCCCGAGGAGCGAUGCAUAAUGGCACCCAGCAGCUCGACAACGCCUCCUACCCAUUGGUCCUCCUGCAGCUUGGAGCAUCUGGCUUUCGCCUUCGAGCACGGUAUGGAUUAUUGUUUGAGGAACAAACCCAUAUCGCUCUUCGAUAGCCCGGUCUGCGGCAACGGUUUCGUAGAACCUGGGGAACAGUGCGAUUGCGGACUACCUGAGCACUGCGACAACACCUGCUGCAAUGCAACCACAUGCAUGCUGCACAAGAACGCCAGCUGCGCCACCGGUGAAUGCUGCGACCUGCAGACUUGUAAACCGAAGAACGCAGGAACGAUGUGCAGAUCGGCAGAUUACGAGUGCGAUUUACCAGAGUAUUGCACUGGACAGUCAGAAUAUUGCCCCGAUGAUAUUUAUAAGAUGGACACGGAGCUGUGCGACGGCGGGAAGGCGUAUUGCUACAACGGCUUCUGUCGCACGCGAUCCGAUCAAUGUAAACUUCUUUGGGGUAGCACCGGUAAAUCGAGCGAUGACCAAUGCUACAAGAUGAACACGAAAGGCACCAGACACGGCAAUUGCGGAUACAACAAGCUCAAUCAGUCCUUCGUUAAAUGCCAGGAUGAGAACGUUCUAUGUGGAAUGUUACACUGCAAGCAUCUUAAUGAGCGUCUGGAAUUCGGUAUGGAAUCGGUGGCGAUUUUGUCGCAUACUUUCAUCAACCUGAAAGGCCACAUAAUCCCCUGUCGCACGGCGAUUGUUGAUCUAGGAUUAAACCAGGUUGACCCAGGAUUGUCACCGGACGGCGCAAGUUGCGGCGACGGAAAGAUGUGCGUAAAUCAGAAGUGCAUGCCAGUGGCCAGCUUACGUACAGCCAUUGGAAACUGUCCUCAGGAUUGCAAUGGGAACGGCGUCUGCAACAGUUUGGGACACUGCCACUGCCACGACGGAUUCGCUCCUCCCUUCUGCGACUAUCCAGGUGACGGAGGAUCAGCUGACAGCGGUCCAGCGUCCGAUCGAAGCGGUCACAAGAUAUUCGUGGCUGUGAUGUUCAUCAUAUUCUUGGGUAUAAUUCCGACGAUGGCCAUCAUAGCGCUGCUCUUUUACUUCCACAAGAAUAAGAUCUUUGUAUUCCGCAAGAAGUCGCCUCUAACGGCGAAAUCACCGCAAAAGUCGAGAAGUCCGCCAUUCUCUCCGGAAAGUCCGAAGAGGAUCACCGAAGAUAACCACUCCUUGCUGUCUUCGGAUCAAGCACACGAAGUGGGCGAAUUCUUUGGCCACUUCAAGGGCUUCACCUUGACGCCGCUGAAGAAGGAAGAACCGGUGCGACCUGCGCCUCCGGUGCCAACAGUCAAAACUGUAUCUCGUUCCAAUUCGAGUGCUUUAAAUGCCACCGCACCGGCGUUACCGCCCCUCAAUCCGGGAUCCCAUCCCAGACCGAUAAUUUCAUCGCCGACUCUUCAGAAUUCCACUUGUACCGCCAAAGAGCUUCUCAGUCCGCUCCGAAAUGCGCCCAAAGUCCCUUCGCGUCACGCCCCUGAGGCUCCGAACAAAGAGAACAAAAUCAAAGAUAAAGAGAACAAACGCCCGGUCUCCGAAUCCAUAGCCAUUGAGGAUGAGAAGAAACCAGCGAAAGGUCUGAACAGAAUAACGUCGUUUUUGAAACCGCACGAUAAGAAGCCAACGGUGGUCAACACAAACUCUCUUCCGAGGAAGAGUAAGAAGUUCGAUAAAGAUGCUUUGAGGACCGUCGAGAUUUCCGGUCCAAUACCGCAGACCCAAAUCGAUAUAACCAUAACAGCACUGCCCGUCGAACCGCCACCGGAGCAUAAAGUGACGGUGGCCCGGGCGCAAAGCAUGAAAUCGCCGGAGAACAAACCUAAGAUACAGUCCUUUGGCUCCAUGCGAGACCCUACGAAAAGACCCGUCAGCAUCGUAAAUGCCGUCCGACCCAAAAGUCCGCCACCGCCGCGUCCUCAGGAGGUCGAGAAGAAGUCGCAAAAUCAAUACGACGAUUGUCUGAACGCCGUACCGAUCUCGCCCGUUUCUAACGAUAAUAUUUAUGCCGUCAUCGAGGAAACGCCGAUCACCUCGCCAGAAUCCAAGCCGGUGACAAGCAGUUCCACCUCGAACGAGAGCUUCGGCCUUCUUGGUGAGAUAGUCUCCGAGAUUCAGAAUAGGAAUUUCGAUUCGAUCUACUCCACAUCUUCGUUGGGCAGAAAGAAGAAGGCAGAGCAAGAGGCGGCAGCUGCUGCUGCAGCAGCAGCCGCAGCGGACACCUACGAGAAUGCCUCCAUCUACAAGUCGCCGGAGAGCGUGUACAGCAACAUGAACAACGGAAAGUCGAGCGCGAGCUCCACUUCCAGCGGCUACAUCCAUCCAUCUGCCGUGAACGUGCCUCCGCCCCAGAAGAAGCCGCAGGAAUCGCAAGAAAAGAAGACUGAAUCGAAACCAAACCUGACCACGUUCAAGGCGGAGUCGGCUAAGGCACCUGCGGCUGGUAAAACGCAGCCUUCCACCAAAGGAGUGCAGGCGAAGGUGGUGAGCCGGCAGACGACGCCGCCCAAUCUACGCUCCAGAAAACCGUCACCGACGAGGGCGGCGGCCACUCCAAAAGCCCAGUUGAAACCGAUGAAGUCGAACAGUCCAGAUUUGGUAACGAGCUGCUCGGCGACUGGCAAGGGCAACAACGCUAAGGGCACGCCGGAUGUUCUCAACAAUAGUGUGAAAAAAAUACAACCCAAGCCGAAUCUCCCCAAGACCAGCAAAGUCACAACCCCUCCUGCAAAGACAGAAACCGCAAAGACAAUCCCCGCUGUAAAACCCCCAAUCGCUUCGAAGUCGUUCAAAGGCUCCGAGCUUAGCAAACCCAAACUGGGCAAGUCGAACGUGGCCUCGCUUCAACAGAAGUUCGAGAAAAACGUGAAAACUUGAAUUAUUAUCCCACUCCUCUCUUUCACUAUUUGUACAUAAUUGUAACUUAUAUUAAGUUUACUUUUGUAUUUAUAUUUAAGCCUAUACCUCUUUCCAAAACUAAAUUUCUACCCCCUACUAUCUAGUCUGCUACAAUUAAUUCCUUCCUUUCGAGUUACUUUCUUUGGGAAAAUCAUUGCAGCAGCAGCAUAUAAUAAAACAAAAAACAUACAAAAAGGGAAUACUUAUUUAUUGCGUAUUGGAA